AUGCCCUCUAUCGGCGGCAUCAUCGUCUAUCGUGGGCUGUACUUUGGGUCCUAUGACUCGUUGAAGCCUCUUGUGCUCGUUGGCCCACUUCAGGGCAACUUCUUGGCCUCUUUCCUCCUUGGCUGGUGCGUGACAACUGGCGCCAGCACGCUUGCAUACCCAUUCGAUACGAUUCGUCGCCGCAUGAUGAUGACAUCCGGCGAAGCUGUCAAGUACAAGGGCACUGUGGAUGCGGCACGCCAGAUUCUUGCGGCCAACGGCGUCAAGGCGCUUUUUAACGGCGCGGGAGCGAAUAUCCUCCGUGGCGUGGCUUCGGCCGGGGUGCUUGCUCUUUACGACCAGCUCCAAUAUUUUGCUCUCGGACACGGCGCCAAGACAGGUUAA